UCUCUGUCGUCGAGAAAACAUUGAACACUGUCUAGACUCUCUACCGUUUCUUGUGUUGUGAAUUGAAUUUCAAUAUCUCUUCACUGCUGAAUUUUCCAGCGGCUGAUAAACACUUGAGUUGGUUUCAAUUCCAGGAUCCUUUUUUGAAAGAAGUAAAAAUUUGUUGGAUAGCGUUUUAUAAUGCAACAUAUAGAUGAAACUGAAGACGGAGAAAUUUCUGACGAUAGUGAUAUUGAGCCAUAUACUGCUUUAGAAAGACCUACAUCAUUCACUACUGCACACCAACCCUUCAAGCAAGUUGCAGAAGAUACUGAUGAAUCGAGCGAGUCAAGCAGUAGUAGUGAUGAAAGCAGCAGUGAUGAGCAACUACAGAGGCCAGCAAAAAGACGAAGAAAAGCAGAAACCAAAGCAUUAAAACCUGCCCAACCAGUUGGCAAGCACAAUGUUUGGAGUACAGUAGUGUUUGAGGAUCAGUUUGAACAAGACAUUAAAGACAUUAAUGUGCAUCACAGCAAGAAUUACCUUGAUAGGUCUAGGGAUGUUGAAUCUUAUAACUAUGUACUGUGCAUGAAAAAUCGCCUGGAAGAAGAAGACAUUGAUGAAAAAACUGAACAAAGGAUCCGGAAGAAGAUUGCUGAUUUAGAUGAAAAAUAUGGAGGUGGAGCUCCUGUGAAAGUAGAAAAGGCAGUUGAUGAAGACUUUGAGCAGAGCCUUCAGCAAACCCAAACACUGUUGAAUUCUCGAAAAAGGAAAAUGGAUCAGAGAGAUAAAGAACCCCAAAGUACUGUCCCCAAAUCCAAAGUUAAAGCAAGACUCAGGCGUGUUGAAGAGCUAUCUGUUACUGAAAAAUCUACUGUCAUGGAAGUGGCCCAGGAUAUAGCUCUAAAGCUUCACGAAGAAAAGAUGGAUUUGAUUCUCCGUGUAGUUGAAAUAUUGGGCAAGGAAAUAACAAUCAAACUGUUCUACGAAACGCAAGAAACUGAAAAUGACGGAGGUAUCUUGAUCGCGGAUGGAUCUCGGAGAAGGACUCCCGGUGGUGUCUUCCUCUUCUUGUUGCGCAAUCACGAAGAAAUCCCGAUGGAAAAAAUUCGUGAAAUAUUCAGCGAAGAGACCAAAGCAAGAGAACAACACAAACGAACUUUACGAGCUAAAAGACGGCAAACACAAGCAGACAAAUUAAAGAAAUCACUUCCAGCGCCAAAUACUUUACCUGAAUUGCCAACGCGAGUCGAGCUGGAGAUUCAAAAGAGUCAACAAGACGCCCAACCAACAGCAACUGAACCGCUAAUGAAAUCAGACAAUGAAACAAUAAUGGAGCAGCAGCCCAUCCAAAGUGAAAUCGCUGAAUGUGAAGUACUUGACUGUACUGACAUACAUUUCGAUUCCGAAUGAAGCAUUUUUGAACGUAAGAACAGUUGAGUAUGUAUUCCUGAGAAAACUCCUAAUUGUAUGUUUAUUUCUCGUAUAUAACAUUGACGCUAAUGCGUGUUUGUACCGAGACGAUUUAAAAUACAGUACCUUUCCAGUU